AAACACAGCAUAGGUUUUCCUUUUGACGGUAGUAUAGGUUUUUCACUUGUUGUUGCUGCAGAUUUUGUUAUUUUUCCCAAUUCAUCAACAUGGCAAACAAUUUUCGCAGAAUGAUCACCCUAGAAGAAGGAUUGAAUACUAUUCAGAAUACCACCAACAAGCUCCAGAACAUUCUAGAAAACUUUCCCGACCCUCACUUGGAGCUAUCAUUGUGCGGCCGUGAAGAACGAAUGAACCUAUAUUCGAUCAUCUACAAUAUGUGUACUCAAAAGCCUCCUUAUGACUAUUCCCAACAAUUGUAUGAAAACUAUAAGAAAAUAUUUGAAGACUACAUCAAAUCAAUGGUUCUGCCAUCUUUGCGAGAAAAGAAAGAUGAAAUCCUGUUAAGAGAAUUGCUCAGAAGAUGGUCAAAUCAGAAAACGAUGACAAUUUUUCUCUCAAAGGGUUUUCACUAUCUUGAUAGAUACUAUAUCUCAAGACAGGGACUUACUUCUCUUGAAGAAAUUGGCUUCUUAUCCUUCUAUCACUUGGUGUAUGAUGAGAUGCAUAGACAAGUAAUGGAUGCAAUAUUAGCUAUGAUUGAUCGGAAACGAGCAGGAGAGCCUAUUGAUGAAACACUGGUUAAUAAGGCAUUGACUUUCUACUUAGAGAUUGGAGAAAGCACAGGAAAAGAAGAACCAAAACACUUUGCAGAAACAAUGAUUAAACAAAAUGCAGCAUUCUAUGCUAUGUCGAGGCUUCAAAUUUGAUCGCAAAUUUUGCUAUCUUUAAAUUGAAAGUAUAAAAUUGACUGCUACUUUAUUUUCCCUUUUUAUACUGCUAGUAUGAUACUAGUGGAAUAUUGAAAGAUUAACAACGAUUGCUACUUUGUUUUUUUGGUUACAAUUGCUACUUUGUUUGAUUGUAUAUACUUGCUUAGA